AUGGAGAUGGCAAAGUCAAGUACCCAGUUAGGCGCCACUGAGAGCUUACGGCGGCUCUUUGGGGAAAACAGCGACUUCCUCCAGAGGAAGGAGAUUGAUAAAUAUGUCCGAAACCUUACUUCUAGAUUUGUCGGCCCAGAGAACUUAAAAACCAAUUUGAUUCAAGACAUGUAUGUUUUGUCUCGCAACUACUUCGAAAUGGAUGACAAAGCAAUAAGCAGUUCUUUUGACAUCAAAGAAGCAGCAACCAAGAUGGUGGUAGACCUAAUCGUGAAGAAAGUGAUUGGUGAAAUGGAAUAUGAGGCUAUCAGAGAACUAGGACUUUGUUGGACUGCUUUCCGAACAAAUUGGUUUAGUUUCUCUUACAGUGUUCCUGGAACGACUGUUUAUCGAUUCGUGAAGGCUCGGAGUAAGGUGACAAAGCUGCUAAAGAGCGUGAUUCAGAAGAAGAAUGCGUCAAAGGAAGGACUGGGAGAUUUCCUGGACAUUUUAUUCGAUGAGAUGAAGAAAGAUGGUGCGGCUUUGGACAUUGAUAGAGCCGUCAAUUUGAUAUUCACCUUUUUCAUACUCUCUCAAGAGACCACUCACGGAAUUUUAGCAGCAACUGUGAAGCUCGUUGCCGACCACCCGGAUGUCAUGGAAGAACUAAAGAGAGAGCACGAUGCCGUGAUUGAAAACCAGGGUGAUAAUCAGGCAGGCCUAACAUGGGAGGAAUACACGUCUAUGACUUUCACUCACAUGGUUAUCAAAGAGACGCUUCGGUUUACUAGUGCACAACCUACGGUACAUAGAAUACCCACUGAAGACGCUCGAGUUGGAGGUUAUACAGUACCAGCUGGAUGGUUUUUUUUUGGUAUUCCUUUAGUUCAUUUCGAUGAAGAAAAGUAUGAGGAUCCACUCAAAUUUAAUCCAUGGAGAUGGAAGGGGAAAGAUUUACACGGUACAUUGUCCAAGGAUUACAUUCCGUUUGGAGCUGGAGCCACACUUUGCGUAGGGUCUGAGUUUGCGAAGUGUAUAAUCGCUGUGUUUCUCCAUCAUUUGUCUAGAUUCAGGUGGUCCUUGGACCCGAAAACUAGAGUGCUUCGAAGGUAUAUGCUUAUGUUUCCGGCUGGUUGCAAAGUCGAGAUUGCAAAGGAGCUAAGUGAUCAGAGUUGA